UAAAAACAUUGCUACAAAAUUCCAAUGAAGUGAAACAGUGAUCUGAUAGGCAACUAUUUCGUUCAGUUGGUGUAUAAAAUCCUUAAGAGUGAUGUCCUCCGGAUAUAUGUAAACAGCUGUAGUGGAGGCUGCUAUUGGUGGAAAGAUAUCUAGAUCUGUAGAAAUAUCGACCAAUGACGGCUGGGGCUACGCGCAGCCGUAGCUACGGCGUAGAGCGGCGCGGGGCGCUACACGAUCGACAGACGCUACGACGGACCUGCUACGCCUAGGAACAGAAAAAAUGUAUUAGAUACGGGAGUGCGUUUACAUGAGGAAGAUCGGGCCGCCGCAAUGCAGGGGCUCCAAGCCGCGAAAGAGAAGGCAUCCGGCCUCUUUGCCAACAAACCACUUUUGUUCAAGAACGCUCAGUAUGAGAACUUUCACGUGGAACAAAAAGGCUAUGAUCAAAUGUAUGAUGGCGAGGACCUUGAAACACCGCCAUCUCCGGAUAGACCACCUCCACGUCACAUAGACAAAUACGUCCGUGCGGAAUGCCCCUGUCUAAGCACGCGCUACACUGUUGCUCUGCUCGCCUGUUUCGGGUUCAGCAUCAUGUUCGGAAUGCGUUGCAACAUGAGUAUGGCUAAACUCAAGAUGACUGAAAAACAUAAUACAUCAUCUGGAGUUAGGGAAGAUACGCCAUUCAACUGGACCGUUAGCGUGGAAUCGUCAAUAGAUGCUUCUUACUUUGCCGGCUACCUAAUUACCCAAGUACCAGGUGGAUUUUUUGCAUCAAUGUAUCCCGCGAACAAGAUCUUCGGUGCGGCCAUUGUUGCCUCUGCAAUAUUUAAUAUGGCUAUUCCGGGCGCGAUGUCUGUUGGACCAGCGGCGGUCGUAAUGCUUAAAAUUGCUCAAGGUUUCGUUGAGGGCGUUACCUAUCCCUCAUGUCACGGCAUUUGGCGUAUGUGGGCACCUCCUCUAGAAAGAUCUCGUCUAGCGACUCUAGCCUUCUGCGGAACUUAUGCGGGGAUCGUCAUUGGCAUGCCGCUUUCAGGCCUCCUCACUGACUACAUAUCUUGGCAAACACCUUUCUACUUCUAUGGUAUUUCGGGUAUCAUAUGGUAUAUCCUAUGGCUCUGGUUGGUUUUCGAGAGACCAAGCAAGCAUCCCCACAUCACCGCUAAAGAACUCACGUACAUCGAACAAUCAAUUGGAACCGCAACACAAGCCGCCAUGCCUGGUUUCUUUUCCACUCCAUGGAAAGAAUUUGCGACUUCUCCACCUGUUUACGCGAUUAUCGUCGCCAAUUUCUGCAGGACAUGGAACUUCUGUCUGCUCGUCAUAUUCCAGUCAGCUUACUUUAACACAAGAUUUAAUAUGCAAAUCACUGAGUCUGGUUUCGUCGGAGCAAUUCCGCAUUUGAUUAUGACGUCUCUGGUGCCCAUUGGUGGUAUGAUGGCGGACUACUUGCGUAAGAACAACAUAAUGACCACAACGAACGUGAGGAAACUAUUUAACUGCGGUGGUUUUGGACUCGAGGCUUUCUUCUUCGUUCUUGUAGCGUAUGCCGACAACAAGUACGUGGCUACAAUCGAAUUGACCCUGGGAGUUGCAUGUAGCGGCUUUGCUAUAUCUGGCUACAACGUGAACCACCUGGACAUCGCGCCACGUUAUGCUUCUAUUCUCAUGGGAUUGUCCAACGGAAUCGGGACCAUAGCCGGCUUCAUUGUCCCCAUAGUUAUUGAUUACAUGACUCAAGAGAAGGAUCAGCUAGAAAAGGCAAUAACAGAAUGGCGUGCGGUUUUCUUAAUGGGUGCUACAGUACAUUUCAUCGGCAUCACCAUAUACGGAAUAUUCGCCUCUGGUGAAUUGCAACCGUGGGCUGAGACAGCAGCUCCUUAUGAAACUCCUCUAAAGCCCUUAGAUCAGGAAACUACCUUCUCGGAGAAACCAUCUGAGCCACUGAGAGGCACAGAACCACCAGCAUACGGCAGCAUCGCACCGCCUCGCCCACCGGCGCCGCAACAACACGUACCUAACAAUCCUUUCGUAUCAGGGGCUUUGUAUCAGGCAGAGCCUAUACAGCCACCCGCCCAAACUUAUGAGGACCUCACCGACGAUGGCACUUAUUAGACACCGCGUGUCUUCGACGUCAGUUACAUCAACUGAUUAUAACUUUUUCUGAACUAUAUCAAGCGAAAGUUUUAUCAGAUUCAGGCAUAACACCUGCCCAACAUAUGAUGUUGUGCUAUUCUCUAAGUGCAAUAACUUAUAUCCAAUA